UCUCCCUCUGAAUCCACUCUUUUCUUUAACAGUGUUUCUCCCAAGGAUUCAUUCCCAGCCUGGCGUCUCUGUUUUGAGCAUUGUGUUUAUGACCCUAUUAAAUGAGCAUAUUUUGAUUGUGGGGAAUGAUCUAUUUUGGUAUUGAGCUCUGUGAUGGAGAUUAGAGGAUGUGACCAAGUCUGCUGUCUUGAUAUGGAAAACCGCUCAACUUUUAAAGCAGUGGUUAACUAGUAUUUGUUGUUUUCUAUUUUAGCCUUAAUCUUGAUAUCAUAUUCUCCUAAAGCUCUUUGCUGGGUUUGGUCAGUGUUUUAGUCUAAUGCCAAAACAUUGAUUUAUAUAUUUAUUUAGCCUUGGAAGAUGAAAAGAUAAAAUAGACUUUUGUGGCAUAUUUGAGUUUUAAUGUACAAGUACAAGUGAAAAGAUUUCUCUUACAAACCAUCUGUACUUAGUCCACAGUUCCCAUUCAAGGUGUACAGUAUUAAAUCAUGUACAGACAAAUUAAAAGGAGAAUUGCUUGCUUUAUUAAAGAUAAUUGUUUUACUUUUUAGAGACUUGGUUCAAGUUUCUGAGGAAUUCCAUUAUGGAUUGUUCAGAUACUACAGAGCAUUCUUUCAGUAACCAAUCAGAGAUAGGAGUUAGUCAGGCAGACUCCUCCCCCUCUGCAGCUGAUUGGCCCGUCCUGCUCUUUAUAUCUCCACACGUGAAGGGAGCUGUAGUAAACAUAGCUGUUCUCACAUGUACAUGCCUGGAUCAUCUCAAAUCAUCUACACUUCAGCUUAGACACCUGUUAUCUCAACAAACAAUGGCAGCCUUUGUCUCGAUGGCGACGUGUUACACCUGUAACAAGAUGUCCAGACAACCUGGAAUGAACCGUGAGCUUUUGGGUACUCUGCCACAGAACCGAAGUACCCCAGGAAGUGCAGGCAAACAAAGAACUCCACAGUCUGUCAACAGGACCACUCCAAAAUCAACAGUGGACAGAACACCAAGUGGCACACCAAGGUCAGUGUCUUCAAACACCAGCUCGUCAUCAAAGUCUUGCAGUGCAAAGUCGUCACCCUUCGCCCGCCUCAAAAAGAUCCUUAUGCUGGAAACCAAACAGCAGAGUAAGAAAGGUGGUCUGAAGGACUUCCUCUCAUCUCUCUGAAGACCUCGGCAUCCUUGAAAAUGAAAGACUCUGGCCCACUUUGAAAGGAGCAACUGAAGUUCAUGAUGAGGAUGAUAAUCACUUCUCCUCAAUGCCACCUGGUGGAGGAGUCAUUAUAGCCUGGUUUAUAUUGAAGGACUGGGUUAAACUCAACUGAACUAAACGUCUCAUUUCUGGAUCCUUCUGGACAAGUGGCAUAAACAUUUAUUUUUUAUAGCACAUUGUAACUUGUGCUACAGAACAACGCUGUGACUUUUUGUAGUUUUUUUUUUUUUUGCUUUGUUUUUAAUUUGCUAUUAUUUUCAUGAUACCACAUAUUGUUAUUUUUUUAACAAAAAAAGAUAACUUUUAUAUGUUGUGUGUUUAAUGUUAAUUUUGUACACUGACUUCACACAUUUGAAUCCAUUGUUUGGAUUACUGAUAUUAAAAGAUGGAUUUUCUUUACACUUGGCUUACACAUUGAAAUAAUUGUGAAAAUUGGGCUUUGUUGUUUACAUUUGGUGGCAUAGUUGCCUUCAGACUAUAUAGAAAAGACCAAAAAUACGUCACACUGGCUUCUUUUUUCUGUCUCAAUACAUUUACAUUUUUUUCAAUAAAAAGUAAAAUAAUAAA